AUGUUAGGUCCGCAUACAGAAAUCUACGGCCUGAUCACUCCCGGUGACUGGGUUGAUUUCUUCCGACACGUCUCCGAGCCCUACGAAGGCCUACUUGUACCUGAGAGUGACGACCGUGAUUUAAAGUCCUUGUUGAUACCCAAGGUUAUGGCUGCGAAGGAAAAGUUUGAUGUUGUAUUCCAACCAAACUAUCAACCCCCAGAUGUAGGAGACUGGAAAAAAGAUGAUGAACGUCUUCCGGACUCCUCGCAGCCGUUCUACCUACGUGCCAACACCGGCCCAAGGUGGAUGCUGGGAGGUGUUAUGUCUCGGCCAUUUAUCACAACGACCCAAAGUAACGGGGUGUGCGCAAUUUCAAGCAUUGAAUCAUCCUGUGAAUAUGGUCCUUCACUACUAUCAAAAAAUAUGACGUUCUACGACGUGGAUCACUGCUUGUGUAUUCAAGAGGGAACCCUAGUCGUCCGUCUAAAGGACUUAGCGGAUGCCGUCUUCCGUGAAGGUGAAACGGUCGUCAUUCCAGCAGGUCAGACAUUCGCCCUAGCUUUCGACAGCAGAUACGUGCGUGUCUGGUCUUUCACCGAUGGCAAUGGUAUUGAGAGUCUGGUGCACCGGUUGGGGAAGCCAUUUGAAGGCGUUGUUCUGCCUGAUCGGGAGUUAGAGUGGGAUUCGGCCCACGUCGAAUCUGUUGCAAAGGAGCUGAAUGUAGAUAUCUCCUUGUAA